AUGGUCGAUUAUCAUUUAGUUAUAUUAGUUCAUGGUGUUUGGGGUAACUCAACUCAUUUGGCUUACAUUGAAAAGCAAAUUAAAGAGAAUAUAGACCCCAAGGAUGGAACCAAGAUCUACACUCAUAAAACAGGCUCUCAUCAAGGUUAUUUAACAUACGAUGGAAUUGAUGUUAAUGGUAAAAGAAUAUCUGAUGAAGUUUGGGAACAAACAAAUUUGAUUGAACAAAAUGGAACUGAUAAAGUUACAAAAUUUUCUAUUGUUGGGUAUUCUUUAGGUGGAUUGAUUUCUAGAUACUGUAUUGGAUAUCUCAGCAGUAAAGGAUAUUUUGAUAAUAUUGAACCAAUUAACAUCACCACAUUUUGUUCACCUCAUGUUGGUAUUCUGCUUCCACAAUCCAAUAAUUUAUCUGUCAGAGUUUACAACAGCGUAGCACCAUUCCUUUUAGCAAAUACUGGUGCACAAUUUUUCCUUCGAGAUAAAGUUGGGGAAUUUAAUAAACCUUUGUUGGUUUGGAUGGCAGAUCCACGUUCGAUUUUUUUUAAAACUUUAUUAAAAUUCAAAUACAGGACUCUUUAUUCUAAUGUGGUUAAUGAUAAAAGAUGCUCUUGGUAUACAUCUUUUAUAUCCCUCGAUGAUAAAGUUAAUUCUCAAUAUAACAAACAGCCUGAUAAUAUCAAAUGUGAGUAUAUCAAAGGAUACGAACCAAAUGUGAUUGAUAUUACCAAACCUCUCUAUUAUCAGAAAAAUCCUAAUGUGAAGGCUCCAACUCAAAGAUUUACUUGGUUUUGGAAAACAUUAAAUUGGAUCAAAUUGAUUGGUACAGCACUUGUUUACUUUCCAGCAUUUGUCAUUUCGUCACUUAUUCAAAGAAUCAAAAAUAGAAAAAGGGUAAAGGAAUUCUUCAAGAAUAAAUCAAACAGCUUAUUACAUCUUUAUGAACAUGAUGAGAGUAAUGAUGGAGACAAUCAACAUCAUCCUUCUAUGUUUGCGGGCUUUUCUCAUAUUGUUGAAGAUGAACAAGAAACUUUAGUUGAAGACAUGUACGAUGCUAUGGGAUAUAAAGUUUCUCAUUCCACAACAUUCCCACCAAUCAAAUUAGGUAAAGAUCAAACAUUUAUUGUUAAGAAAUUGAAUACUCUUGGAUGGAAGAAGUUUCCAGUUAUAAUGAGAAAAACCAAAGAAACUCAUCGUGGUGCAAUAGUCAGACAUGAAGAUCCAAGUUUUGAUGAAGGUAAGAUUAUAGUUAGACAUUUCAUUAACGAAGUUUUUAAAAUUGAGUAG